UUUAGAUAUUAUUUCUAGAUUUAAUAUACUAUUAAUAUACUAGUAGACUAUAUAUAUAUAUAUACCUGUGGUCAUUGGUAUCUAUGGCCGUGAUUUGGAAUAGUUAAUGCAUUUUUAUCCAUUCUGUGUUACAUCAAACAAAGGGGCAACAUAUAGGCAAAUUAUUUACAGUCUUGAGGGGCACUGAUAAGAAAUUGUUGCCACUCUUUGUAAAGAUUGUUGUUUUUAGUUUUUGAUAUUAGAGAAUAGUGAUCAGUGUCCAGUGAUAUAGGGUAUUUAGUAUUUACCUUUCUGUGGUCAUGUAGGUACGUGUAAAAUUAAAAAUAUAUAAUGUACAAAAUACACUAAGUGAACCUGAAAUAUUUUACAUAAUUUGCAUACCAUUUAUCUAUUUAUGCAAAUAUACAAUUUUAGAUAUGCUUAUUACAUUCAUCAGCACGUUAGACAUAUGAUCAUUUUCUUCUUAUUUAAAACGCGUCAGGUUCACUUAGGUAUGAUUGAAGUACACAAACAUAUAUUUUAAGAAUGGUCCACUUGUUGGCUAGUUCAAUUCAAAGUCACUACGUUUUACUUUAUUAAUAACAGUUUUUUCGAAAAUUAAUCAAACGUACCUAUUAAAAAUGACUGAUUAUUCAAGAUUUGAAGAUGAUAUCAUUAUAAAUUCAUAUCAUUCCCAAUCGCCCAGUAAGUAUCAUUUGUGUUUCCUAAAUUUUGGUUUGUAUUGGCUUUAAUAUAAUUUACACAUUUAUUUAUUUAUUUUUUAAAUAGAUCGCAACGGAGAUGUCCCAUUAUGUGUUAAUGAUACAACAUUACCAAAUGAAGAUGGUGAAAAUAUAGAUUUAAGAAAUCAUUUUGAUGGGCGUUUAGAUGUGAUAUUUAGCGAUGGUGAUCGUAGAAUUGAUGUUGAUCAAUUUUGGGAGAUGAACUAUCAUGAAGCAUCUAUAUUUCUUGAAGUGAGUACUUUAUUAGUUUCUUGGGUUUUAAGUGUUUCAUAUUAUGAUAUAAAAUCAGGAAGGAGAAAACAAUGAAAAAUUUGAUUCUCAUCCACAUGAACCUGAAGCUCUUCCAGCUUACCUCUUGGUUCAUAAUGACUGGUAUUAUGGAAUGGAUUUGGCUACAUCAUUAGUUUUAAUUGUACUGGCAUUUGCAGAAAAUCCAGCAACGCCACCAUUUCAAGUAUGAACAUUAUUGUAAAUAAUUAUUGAUAUUUUUAUUUUUAUGUUUUCCUUUUAUUUUUUUAUAACAGAUGCCAAUUGCUCUUCACAGUAUUAUUGAACUUCUGGCUCUUGCAGUAAUUGGUCUAGGAUUAGCAUUAAAACUCAGAUGGAUGGGCUGGUUAACAAUUUUGAAACACAAACGAACUAUGUUAAAAGUAAGUUUAAUAUUUGAGAAUUAAAUAAUAUGUAUUUAGAGCAAUAAUUGAUAAUAAUUUAUUUUAUAUUACUUAAUACAUUUUAGUUAACUUAAUUAAUAUUUGUUUGUUCUUAAUUAUAGUGCAUAACAUUGACAAUAAUGAUUGUUGAAGCAUUUAUUGUUUUAAUACGUCAAUCAUCUCAUUUUCGGGUGUCAAGAGCAUUACGGCCAAUUUUCUUAGUGGACACUCAUUACCUGGGUGGUGUUAGACGUUUCAUUCGACAAAUACUUCAAUCAUUACCUCCUAUAUUCGAUAUGUUAUUAUUGAUAUUUUUUUUUGUAACUGUUUACUCAGUACUUGGUUAUUAUUUAUUCAAAAGUACAACUGAUAUACACAAUCAUUUUGACACUUUAUUUAACAGUUUUGUCAACAUGUUUGUUUUGUUAACUACAGCCAAGUUAGUUAAUUUUUAAUUUUAAUAUUAAUAACAAUUAUAACUAGUCAAUUUUUAGUUUUCCAGAUAUUAUGAUGCCAGCAUAUUCAAAAUCUAAAUGGUAUUCAUUAUUUUUCAUCUCAUACUUAUGCAUUGUAUUGUAUCUCCUUAUGAAUUUGGUUAGUUACUAAUUUUUAUCGUAACAUAUGUCAUAAAAUAUCUGUUAUAAUACUAAUUAGCAAUCGUUAAUUAAAUUUUUAGAUGUUGGCUGUGGUUUAUGAAACUUUCACCAGUAUUGAAAGAGACAAAUUCCGAAAAUUAUUAUUGCAUAAACGGCAAGCGUGUAAAAAUGCAUUUAAGCUCUUACUGACCAAAGAAAACCCCAAUCAAAUGGAAUUUACACAGUUUGAAGGAGUUAUGAGAUAUUAUGCACCAAAAAAAAGUAUUAUUAAACCAAUAAAUACACCUAGAAAUUCUAUAUUCGGUAUUAUAUCAUUUGCAGGCAACAGAGAUUUACUAGUAAUGUUUAGAUAUUUGAACACAAGUGGUUCUGGUUCAUUGACUAUUGAAGAAUUUUAUGGCAUAUAUGACUCUGUAAUGAUGACUUGGCAGCCACAAGCAUUAGAUACACCUUGGUAUUUUACAGCUUCCCCAACGGUGCAAAAAAUUUGCCAAACUGCAAAUUCUAUCAUUUCGUGGCCAUACUUUGAUCAUAUAUUUUGUAAUAAAUUUAUAUGUUAAUAAUUGACAUAUUUAAUAUGAUUAUAAGUGUAAACAUUUUUUUUUUUUUAAAUUUUAGAUGUCCUGACUGCUUUAAAUGGAAUUGCAAUGAUUGAACGCGGAAUGCAAUCUUAUCCUAAUUUGUCAACUUCAGUAUUGGCAUUUAGUGCAGGAUGGGAUACUUGUUUUUUCUUAGGAUGUAUGAUUUUAUUUUAUUAAUAUAUUUUUGUUUUACCUUUUUAUAUGACAAGUAAACAAACUUUAAAUUUCAGGUUUUACUUUGGAAGUUGCAUUAAAAACACUUGGCAUGGGAUUAGAACGGUAUUUUUCAUCUGGCUGGAAUUUAUAUGACUUUGUUGUAACUUUUGGAGGUCUAAUUGCUGUCAUAUCACUGCGACUAUUUCCAGAUUUUGUUUAUCUAGUUGUAUUUAGACCUCUUAAACUUUUGCGUCUAUUUAAAUUAAAGAAACGCUAUCGAGACAUUAUUGGCACUAUGGCAAUUUUAUCACCUCUAAUUAAGUCUGCUGGAUGUGUUAUGCUUGUUAUGUAUUACUUUUUUGCCAUUAUUGGCAUGGAAUUAUUUGCUGGUUAUGAUAUGAGAAAUUGUUGCAAGUAAUUAAUAUAGUUUAACUAAGUCUAUUUAAUUAAAAAUAAUAUUAUGAAAUAUAUGAUAUACAUUUUUUUAGUGGUACAAACAUUGAGACAUAUUACAAAUAUACACCAGAUAAGUCUGGUUAUUAUUAUUUGAAUACUUUUCCUAAUUUGGCUGUCAGUCUUGUAACCCUAUUUGAAUUGACUGUUGUUAAUAAUUGGUUUGUUGUGAUGAAUGGAUAUGCAACAAAAGUACAUGCUGCUAGCCGAGCGUACUUUGUGUUAUUUUAUCUCUUUACCAUGGUUGUAUUAACAAUAGUUGUAGCGUCAGUUCUAGAAGCUUUCAGAUUCCGAAUUCAAUAUAAAAAGCAAACUACAAAACGAGAUGGUAAAAAAUGUUUUAUAUAAUUUUUAAUGCAUAAUAUUAAUUUUAAUGAUUUGUAGAGGAAAAACUACUUCAUGAAGAAAUUGAAUUAAAAUGGGAAGAUGUUAUGAAUUAUGUAAAAGAUUUUCAAGCAUUACAAAAAUAUCGAUCUGAUAUGUUUGUUGGUGUUGUGAGUACCUUUCAAAUAUAUGAAUUUGUAUCUUUAAUAUAAUUUUAAUGUUUUUAAGGGUAAAAUAUCAUUUUUGGGAAGUCGACCUAGAAAUCGUCAAGUACUGCAGCGGCGUAUGUAUAGACAUGAAAUAGAGCAAUGGAUGCAAGAAGCCGCUGCUGUUGAUAAGUGACUAUAAAUUAAUACGUUUUUCAACACUAAAGAAAACAAAUUUAAUUUAGGGGAUCUAUUGAAAGGUACCUAAUUAAAUUAACUAACUAUAACAUGUAUACGUUAUCUAAGGCAAAAGUAAUUAUAACACUAACUGCAAUUUUAUUUUUUUUAAACAAUUUAUAAUAUUAUGUGCUAGCAAUUUCACUGUACUCAUGGUACAUACUUUAACAAUUUGAAUUUAUUGUUUCCAAUCCUAAUUUUUUUUUUUUUUUACCAUUUGUUUUUAAACUGUCGAGAAUUAUAUUUAUCACACUUAUCACUUAUCAGGUACUUUAAAGUGAUAGAGAUAUUUCAAAGAAAUUCAUUAACAUUUAAGUAUUACAUUACAACUUAUGAAUCAUCUCGUGAAUCAUAAACAAAAUAUUACAUUAUUCAGUAUUGAUUUUAGUCUGUGAUUAUAGUAUUAUAUUGAACAAAAACGAACAAGUAUUAAAUUUGUUACUAUUUUUUUUUUUUAUGUUUCCUAGUGAAUUAUUUUGUUUUGUAUAAUUUUUUUUUUUUUUUGUUUAGAACUAUUUAUUACUGUUGUAAAUCAAAUAUAUUAUUGCCUGUGAUUAACAUUAUAUUGUAUUCAUUGAAUAUAUUUCAUGAACAUUUAUAAACAAAACAUCAUAGUUGAGAUGUUAAAUUACUCAAUUUUUUAUUAUUGAAUUUAUUUAGCUAAUUAAAUAUAAAACUUAUCAUCAACUAGGUAAUCUAAGCAUUAAAAAAAAAGUAACAGCUAAAAUGUGUUUAGUUUGUACAACUAUUAGUUUCAUGAAAUUAUUUGGUUAUUAGUUCAAAAUCAAAAAGUACAAUAAAAUUAUAAAGGGAACUACUAUAUCAUAUUUAUAUUGGUUUUCUUUUCAAAAUUUUAUUGGAUUUAGAAAUUAAUUUUAUUUUAUAUUUAUAUAACCUGAAAAUGGCUUAGGCCCAAACUAGUAGUUACCUUUAUUAUUUUAUUAUGUAUUUUAUUUUUGAAUUAAUAAUCCUUUAAUUUUUAUAAUAUUUUAAUCAAGUAUAAAAUUUACUAUUAUUAUAUUAAUUUCAGGUGAUGAUUUAAAGUAAAUUAUUGAGAUUUGAGUGUUAUAUUUAACAGUGCAAUGUUUAAUGGCUAAUGAGUAAUACAACCACAGUAUCAAUAUGUAUUUUAUUUCUAUACCAUCAACUUAACUAAUAAAGAAUAUUAUUAUCUUAUAAUACAUCUGUACAUUCACAAAUUAUACUUUUUUUUAUUUAACUUCUUUAAAUCUGAAUAAUUUAAAUAUUUUCUAAAUACCACCCACUCAUCCAAUAAUAUUAGCAUAGGUCUCUUAUAAAGUUAUAAGUAUUUUUUGAUAUUGAAAAUAACCUUACAUGUUUACAAUGGUAUUUAAAUCAAACCAUAAUAUUUGAUUCUUAUUUGCAUUUUUAAACUGGAUUCCAAAUCAAAAUAGCUUUAAAUAGUAUAGGUAUAAUACAUUAUUAUAUGAUAUUUUAAUAAUUAUGAAUAAACUGUGUGUUUUAUAUAUUACCCCUUUACAGCUUCAAUGAAAAAAAAGCCAUUUACUUACUAUUUUUUCGUAAUUGCAAUAAUACAUUGUGAUCACUUUAAAUAGCAAAUAAAUUACUAUAACUAUAUUUUAGUACAGUCACUAAGUCUUCCUUAAAACCAGUGAAGUAGAACAAUCAUCCAAGUUCCUAAUAAUAAAUUUAAAAUAGAACAAUUAAUAUUCAAUUAUUGUAUAUACAUUUUAUAUAACCAACAUAAUUUUAAACUAUAAACAUUUGAAUACAUUACGAAAAAUUAGUUUUAAAUAGUCGUCAAAUAUCAUUGUAAUAAUAGUUUUAGAUCAAUAUCAAAUAUUUAUAUAUAUGUAUGUGUUGUGUGUAACUGUGCAUGUGUAUUAUAAUAUUUAAGAGUACCUGAACUGUAAAACAACACAUUUUUAACAUAAUUACUUAUUUAUUUAUUAUUGUAGUUUAUUUUAAUCAAAUAUGGUGUUUUAAUAGUAUUAUUAUGGAUAAAACAUUUUUAAUAUUGUAGUAAUUAUGGUUGUUGACUUAGUCUAUUUUUGUUUUAUUAAUUAUUCUUUGUGAUUAAUAAAUUAUGUAUGUAGAUUAUUACUAUGUAUGCAUUUACUUUAUUCUAUUGGUUUAAUUGUGUACACACAAUAAAAAUUUUAAUUUAAAAUAGAUGAUGUAAAAAUUUUUUUUUUGACAUAUCUUUCAAUAAUAAGUAAUUAUACUAACAAAAAAUGUAAAAUUGUUUAUUAACAGUUUUUUUUUUU